AUAAAUUUAAAAAAAAUUUCAUUUUUAGAAACAGGACGAUAAAAAGUGUGAUUCAUUGCCUAAGGUAUAUUCGUUUUGGCAAGAUCUAGGAAAAUCCAUUCAACGCUUUGGUAUGAAACCAUCUUUUGUACAGUCUGCUCUGAAGGAUAAUAAAAAUUAUGGAUCUGAAAAAAAUACAACAUCAAAAAGUGUCAUUCAUAAGUCUAAUGAAGCUAUUCCAACUAAAAAACAGGAUUAUAAAGUUAGUGAUUCAUCGACUAAAACUAAUGAAUUUUCAUUUAAACGAGAUCAGACAAUACCAAUUCAACGCUUUUUUAUGAAACCAUCAUUUGUACAGUCAACUCUGAAGAAUAAUAUGAAUUAUGGAUCUGAAAAAAAUAUAACUUCAAAAAGUGUCAUUCAUAAGUCUAAUGAAACCGAACCUGCUAAAGAACAGGAUUAUAAUGAGAGUGAUUCAUCGACUAAAACUAAUGAAUUUUCAUUUCGACAAGAUCAGACAAUACCAAUUCAACGCCCUUUUAUGGAACCAUCAUUUGUACAGUCAACUAUGAAGAAUAAUAUAAAUGACGCAACUGAAAAAAAUACACCUACAACAAAUGUCAUUCAUAAGUCUAAUGAAGCCGUUCCUGCUAAAGUAUUUUCAACUCCAUGGUUUCAGAUUACAUUCUUAUCGUAA